AAAUUUUAAGUCAAUCGUUCAGUAUUAUAUAUUUGUAAAAUGUAUAAACAAUUGCAGUUUGCGUUUGUUAAAUUUACUAAAACUUUUAAUUUAUUAAGUAUAAUUUAUCAAGUUUUUAAUAUUAAUUACUAAAUUCAAAUAAAAUUAUAAUAGAAGUUAUUUUAGUAACUUUAUUAUAUAACCCAUACUUAAGGACUCCGCGCGUCAACACAAAAUUCCGAUUAAAAUAAGCUGUCUUUGUUAGAAGAGAUAAAGAAGAGACUGAGAAAGUGUUCAUAUUACUUUUAAGGCAGUUUAUAAGUAUGGAAGUAAACCACUGGAAUGCAGGUGUAUUAAGGCGGCAGAUCAUGUCCUCAAGCCCAGAGUUACGGGCACUGGAAUCCAAACUUCACGCUUGUGCUCUCUCACGUGACAACAAUGCAGCUAUCGCUCAAAAGAAGGCAGAGCAGAAACUAAUGAAUGUUAAAGACAAGCAAUACACAAAACUACUUGAGAAGCUGGACUCUGAAGAAAAGAUGUCUAUUGCCAUCACCUGUGCUGAAAAGCAUGCAAAGAGACUAGAGACACAAAGAGUUCUGAAGGAUCAAAUAGCUGAGAAGGCUGCAAACAAAGCUAAAGCUGAAGCUGAGAAAACCCUGGAAAUGUUGUCUGAGGUGGAUGAGGACAGGUUGAUGAGGAAAGACAUGGAAGAGCAAUUAAAAAAGAAGCAAGAAUCUCAGAAACUCAAUCAUCAGAUGCUACUGAAGCAGAGUCAGCUUAAACAGCUUCUUCAAGAGGAACAAAAACUGCAAGACAGACAUUUAGCAAGAUCAGCAGAGGAGUAUAAUUUGAUAGUGGAUCUACAGAAGGAGUACAAGAGACAAGAAGAAGAAUUGCAGAGAUUACAGCAAAAUCACCGAGAGCUGGAAUUGGUAAAGAAGCUCGAGACAGAACAGCAUGUGCGAGAUGUUUGUCGUGAUAUGCGUCUGGAGCUAGACGUAUUGGAGAAGCAGGCCAAGGAGAGGAAAUGUGCAGAAGAAAAACAGCAAAGGGAAGAAGCAGCAAAGAUUAAUCUGAAAGAGGGAUGGGACAGUCAACUACGGUACAAGCAAGAACAAACUGCUAAGGAGAAAGAGAAAGAAGCAGAGUAUAGGAAGCUGCUCCUCGAGGUGCUGGCUGAGGAGGCACAUCUUGACCAGCUGGUAACAGAAGCACGAAAGCGGCGGCAGCUGGACCACAAGUUCCUUGUGGAUCGACUGCUGGAAGAAAGACGAGCCAUGAGGGCCACAAUCAUGAGGCAGCACCAGGAAGAGGAGGAGUAUGCAUUCCAUUAUGAACAGCUCAGGAAGAGUAUCUUAGAGGAAGAAGAGAAGCAGCUGCUACUGAGACAUGCUCCUCAAUUGAUUGCACAUUUCACACCGCAGCUGCUCAUGCGACUUAGGCAACUGAUGUGACGAUGACAAGAUGGAACUUGCAUUGUGGAAAAUUGUCAGAAAAAAGAAGUCUGUUAUUGUUGGUAUUGUGGAGUCAGAGAAACAGUAUAUACUGUAAAGUGCACUUAAAUA